UCUUUCAGAUUGUCUCCAUCUGGUCAGACCUUCUGUCAGCUGAAUUCAUCCCGCCAGCAGAGCGCGUCCCUGCGCCUUGGACAGAAGCUGGCUGGGGGAUGCCUGUUAGCUGAGCACAGACCCACUCCCCGUUUGCCGUGAAACUGUGACAAGGAAUAACCCUGUGUUUCUUUCUUUUUUCUUUUUUCCUUUACUGGGAAGAGAAAUCCAAUGCCAGUGAGCCCAUGCUCUGCGAGCUUUCUCCACCGCCUACACCGGUCACAGGACUCUCUCAGGAUGCUGUCGAGCAGCCCACACGCCGGGCACAAAGUGACAGUCUGUGGGCUUUUUCUCUCCUUCCUUUUCAUCAGUGCUGUUGCUGCUGGAUCAGCUGAAGGCUCUCAGAACCACAAUGGCUUGCGUCCCCCCCACAACAAUAAGCUGGACCUACGGGAAAUAGUGUUUGUCAUCCAGAGUCAAAGUAACUCCUUCCAUGUGAGGCAGGCGGAAAAGCGGAGAGCAGAUUUACUGAAGCAGGCGCAUGGUCUCACAGAGAAACCACCUGUGGUUUUGCUUCUUCACACUUUAUCAGACAACGAGGGGGAUUGGAGCAUCCUUCCUCUUCUGCCCUCCUUGUCCCAGACUUUUGGGAAAAACUCAUCCUGGAUUGUAUUUCUUGAGGAGGAAACAAACGUGAGGAUGGUUCCUCUUCUUCAAGUCCUGGCAAAAUUCCACAAGAAUAGGGAGUGGUUUCUCGGCAAGCCCCUGCAUGAUGAGGAGUCGACCAUUAUCCAUCACUACGCCUUUGCAGAGAAUCCUUCAGUCUUUAAAUAUCCAGACUUUGCUGCUGCUUGGGCUUUAAGCAUGCCCCUAGUUGCUCGGCUUGCAAACAAAGUAAGAGAUGAGCCACUGAAAUCUGACUUCACUAUUGACCUAAAACAUGAGAUUGCUUUGUAUAUCUGGGACAAUGGGAAGGGACCCCAUCUCACUGCUGUCCCUGAAUUAUGUACGGACCCAGAGGACUCUCCUCAUGUUCAGCAUUGUGCCACCACUCUGAGCAAAGACCCUCCACUGUGUGGGGAGUCUGUGAAUAAAGAAGACAUAUUUGUUGCUGUGAAAACCUGCAGAAAGUUUCACAGUGAACGAGUUCCAGUGAUAAAGAAGACUUGGGAAAAGGAUGCCUUAUUUUUGGAGUACUACAGCGACCACACCGAGCCUUCCAUACCAACCAUUAAUUUAGGAGUGCCGAACACAGAGAGAGGCCACUGCGGGAAGACAUUUGCAAUCCUUCGAAGAUUCCUAAGCAGCGCCGUCCCCGACACCAAGUGGCUCGUUAUUGUGGACGAUGACACUCUCAUCAGCCUCCCCCGACUACGAGUCCUGCUGAGUUGCUACGACCCCUCAGUGCCGGUAUGCCUCGGAGAGAGAUACGGCUACGGAUUGAGCCAAGGGGGCUACAGUUACAUCACAGGAGGUGGAGGCAUGGUCUUCAGCAGGGAGGCUGUGGUUCGACUUCUAAACAGCGGCUGCAAAUGCUACAGCAAUGAUGCGCCAGAUGACAUGGUUCUGGGAAUGUGCCUCAAUGCUCUCGGGCUUCCCAUCACGCACAGUCCACUGUUUCACCAGGCACGCCCAGAGGACUACGCCAAAGAGCUCUUAGCUCACCAGGUGCCUAUAUCCUUCCAUAAACACUGGAACAUAGACCCUGUUGCUGUUUUCAAUAAGUGGCUAAGGCAGGACUGGAGGAGCGAGACUUCAGGCGAACGUGAUGAGUGGAGUAAAACAGAGUUGUGAUGAGAAUACAGUUAACCUGUUUGUAAAUACAGAAUGUGUUUGUAUCAUGAAAAGAAAAUGAUAUCAGCUCACAGAUGUAAAUGUUUUUUCUAUUGUUACUGUUGAAUUAUUAUUAUUAAGAAAAUUGUGUGUGUGUGUGUGUGUGUGUGUGCGUGUGUGUGUGUGCGUGUGUCUUCAGGACUGGGGUUGCAUGUAGAGGUUAUGUUUCAUCUAUAAACAUCUGUAUAUUUAUAUGAUUUUUCCUUUGUACAGAACAUACUGUUCAUAUUUUUCUUUUUCUCCACAAGAUGCUGUAUCUUACAAAAAAAACACUCACAAAAAUGAUCAAUGAUGCUGUACAAUGUCUUCUAUUUUGACAUAAAAGUAUUCAUAUUUUAACA